CGCAGCGAGCUAAGCGGUCGCGCCGGUGGUAGUACGCUGUGAUCGCGCUCGUUCAGCGUUCAUUUCACAGGGGCUGUGCUAUGUUUUGCAGGAUGAAAACCUGCCUUGGGGACAGGUUAACCCUCGCAGACGACCGGUGAAGGAUUUUUGUGGACUCGGACGAACGAGGACAAUUUAAUGCGCCAGGUUUCGGAGUGCGCGUAAGAGCCAUGCCGCCGCCGCCGUAUCGACCCAAGAUGGCCCCGCGUUUGAUAACGGUUUUGCUUGGAGCCGCAUUACUACUUCGAACGCAGGCUGCUGUUGUUGCUGCAGCUGCAGAAAACGUUGGAUUUGAAGCUGCCUUUCAAGGUGAAUGUCGAGUAGAUGGGCCUUGCCAGCAGAUAUGUUUCGAUCUUCACGACGGGACGUUUGAGUGCGGGUGCUCGACGGGAUACAAACUCAGCACCAAUGGCUACGGCUGUGACCCGUUGGAAGCCAAUGAGAGUGUGCCCUUAUCUCCGGAAGAAACGAAUAAUUCUACAGACAAUUCUUCGAAGAAGGUCCCCGGGAGUUCCGAAGCGCCCACCACACCAGGGGUGCACGAAAAUAUGCAGCAGGUGGUUCGGAGGAGAACGCACGCCCCUUUGGAGGCUGGAGAUUCCAACUACGAGAACCGUAUCGACGAACUGUUCGACGAAGAUGACCUCAACCUGAAGCCUCCGGACCGAAAACGUUUGUCCCUUUCGCCCCGACCAUCCGAGGCGACGGGAGCAUCUCUGCUCGACCAGGACGGUGCUGACGACGACCCCGAAGAAGGCGACGCCAGGAAACGUCAGGACAACGCUGACCGUUACGAGCUGCUCAAUACGGUCACUGUGACAACGACGCCGACGUCGAAGACGUCGCGCGAGGUCUUGCAGUACGAUGCUUCGUCGUGCGACGAACUGCUUUGCUCCAAGGAGGGGCGCUGCGUCCAGGAUGACGUGAGAGGGGGAGUCCGUUGCGCCUGCAGGUUGGGAACGACAGGGCCUUUCUGUGAUGAAGAGGUGGAAGUUCGAUACCCACGUUUCGGAGGAUCAUCCUACCUCUCCCUGCCCGUGUUGAAGAACGCCCACAGGUUAAUGCAGAUCACCCUGCAGUUUCGACCGGAGUCGCACGACGCCAUCUUGCUCUACUCGGGCGAAACUCCCGAACUGGUUGGAGACUACUUCGCCGUCCUUCUCGACAAAGGAUUCGUAGAGUUCAGGUUCGACUGUGGGAUGGGUCAAGGCAUUUUGCGGAGUGACCAGCCGGCGGUUCUCAAUUCCUGGAACACUCUAACGGUGUACAGGGAUAGGUGGGACGCAUGGAUGCAACUCAACAGUGGGCAUCAAGUGCAGGGACGAUCUAAGGGCUUAUUUUCGAGAAUAACUUUCCGACUGAACGUCUACCUUGGAGGUUCUCCCAACGCGAGCCUCGUGUCCGGAAGAAUAGGAGCACAGGAGGGAUUCCAGGGCUGCGUUCGAUACUUGGAGAUCAACGGAAAACGUUACGACUUUCGACCGGAAAGUCAAGGGGACGCGGUCGACGGGGCUGAUAUAGAGGAGUGCGGGGGCGACGUAUGCAGUCGAAUGCAAUGUCAGAACGGAGGCCAGUGUGUCACCACGAGUCCCGACCGCGGUGUCUGCCUCUGCGCCCUGGGUUUCGCAGGGCCUACCUGCGAGACACGGGUAGACAUCGUCGUGCCGUCAUUCAACGGUUCGUCCUUCUUGCGGUUUCCUGGUCUUGGAAACGACCACCUGUCCUUCGUGGAGCUGAAGAUGGUGGUGAAGCCCUUGUCACCCCACGGGGUGUUUCUUUAUAACGGAUGCAAGAUGGACGGGACGGGCGACUUCUUGGCCCUGCAGAUGGUCAAUGGCUUCGUCGAGUGCAGCUUCGAUCUUGGCACGGGGACGGCCGUCAUCAGGAGCGAAGAGCCAGUGGCCUUAGGGGAAUGGCACACAGUGUGGAUGUCUCGUACGGGUCGCCUGGGAAGUCUUCAAGUGGACGACCAAGAUCGAGUGGACGUCGAAGCACCAGGAGCGUUCAGCCAACUGUCUCUGCCUCUCAACCUGUACAUGGGAGGUGUGCCUGACGUCAGAGAGACGGCGCAAGGAGCCGCCAUUGCGCAGUCAUUUGUGGGAUGUAUUCAGGAGGUCAGUUUGAACGGACGACCAGUGCUGUUGAUGCAGGAAUCCCUGUCAGGGGUGAAUGUGGGCAAUUGCGUACACCCCUGCGUUACGGGCCCCUGUUACAACGGUGGGGCCUGUCAGCCCAAAAUGGACUCCUACAGUUGUCACUGCAAGCUUGGUUACGCGGGUUCCAAUUGCCAGACAGAAGUGGGAGAAGCCAUAGCUGAACCUAUGCUUGGUGGGGCCAGUUACUUGCACUACACUUCGGAUGAUAUCAUGAAGAGGGUCCGAGGUGACAGACUGGAUGUGCAGAUUCGCUUCCGGUCCUUCUCGAGCCACGGCCUCCUGUUCUGGGCGGGUGAGAGGGACUACAGGCCUUCCGCGGACUUCGUCUCGUUGGGCCUCGAACGAGGCCUAGCGGCCUUCCGUUACAACCUGGGCUCUGGAGAGGCUCUCGUUGUGGCAAAUUACAGCAGAUUGGACGACGGCCGGUGGCACUCGCUCCGCGUGACACGGACGCACGCUGAUGGCACGUUGGCUGUGGACGAUGGUCCCGUGCUACGAGUUGUCGCUCCUGGAAAGCUGAGACAACUGAACGUCGACAGCGGGUUCUACAUCGGUGGAGUAAACGACAUAAGCCACGUGACACGGGGACGCUACCGCUCGGGUCUGGUGGGAUGCGUGGCGAAUGUCACCCUAGCCACAGACUUGCACGUGCGUCUCGUUUCGCACGCGACCACAGGCAUCAACGUGCAACCCUGCGUCUGAAGAGAGGCAACAUGCAAUUCCAGGGACCUCGGUGAACUUUGGUGAACACCGCAAAGGCAGACAACACAUACACACACACACGCAAGUGCCCACCCUGCUGGAGGGACAACACAAGUGGUAUUGGUUUGACGCCUCCUGCGCAGCCGCCUUCUUGCCAACAUUCGCUGCAUAUUGGCCACGGGACGUGCGACACGGUGGGGCGCCAGUACGGACACAGACGUGACGUCACGUCACUUCAAGUCGUUACUCUGCAUAAAAAUUAUGCAAAAAUUUUGGAUUAAAUUCAUGUUGCCCCAUCUCAGCAAAAAUUAUACGACGCGGACUUGAAGGCGCUGAAUCACGUUUUCUCGCGACAACAGUGCACCGCUUUGAACCUAUACGACACUUCCUGGAAACAACAAACCAUCGCCCUUGUACCUCUGUUCAUGGGGCCUUUGUCCAAGGUCGACAACAUCAGCUAGAAAAGCAAACCCUUAAAAGACAUGGUACCCCUUGAGGGUUCCUUAUCGCGUACAAAUACAGCUGCGUAUUUACUCUGGAAAGGUCCCUGGCCAGUAUGCACGCGAUCGCCUUGGUAACUAACAAAGGCCUUUAUCGUUCCGUUGUCUCUGUCGUUCCGUUCAGCCGAGUUCCUCAGCACAAGGUAUAUAAUCUAAUCAUGAACUCUGAGAGAGCACGCAGAUAAGUAGGACGUUCCAGUGGAAGAGACGGCAAUGCUGAAGGACAGCUCCGAAAGUGUGGACGUGUGCAUCGAGAGAUUCUUCAGCAGGACCAAUGUUGCCAGACGUUACUCGGUGUGUGAGCUCUAGAAAUUUCCUUAUAGGUUGUGUGGACAAAGGCGCCGCGCCACAGAUAUCAAGAGGAGACUGAACUCUCGUGGUGCAUCGUCAAAGUCAAAGCGUGUAUAAAAGAAAAAUACUAUAGCGUGAAUGGAAGUGAACUAGAAAAGUGUGAGAUAACGAUGCAAGGUGUAGAAAAGCUUUUUCUUCGCGACCCGCUGUUGUAAAGAUAAAAUCGUUUCGGUUGCAGAUCUGGGAUCUUCAAAGUGGCGCGCAACAAAUUAUCCAGUACAGAGAGGUUUGUGCGUACUCUAUAGUCGUGUUCAACUGAAGGAAAAGAAAUCUAUAGUCUGCCAACUACAUACGUCGUUGGAGAUAAGGAGGUGCAAUAGCGCGCCAGGAAAAAUACUGUAGCGCCACCAUACGCCAUCGGUAGGGGAGCGCCUUUUCUGCUGCAGUAUAGUGUCACGCGGCCAGUCUUAACAGCCAAUACGGAAGCAGAGUGAGUAUGAUGAAUUACAUUAUCUGGCGCAGGGAGAGCGUGACCUCCGCGUUCAGCCACCUUAUCUGCAGCGCAGUAAUAUUUUGAGAGCUGACGGACUAUAUUUUCCUUAUUAAGUUGAACACGACUAUAGCGAGAUUUAGUUAAUUAUGAUAGCCUAUCAGCGUAUCACGGAGUGGAAGAACAAGUAGACGGAGGAGAAGAGGAGGGCGGGAACCACAAGUAGACAAAAAAAAAAAAAAGAAGAAACAUUCUUGUCUGUGUUCUUCCACUUUAUGAUGUGCUAUGAAACCCGGAUAUAUUAGUUCCAGUACGAGAAUACUUGACAGAAAUAUGUUCAACCAAGCAUAGGAGGUUUCCAAAGAACAGGGGUGCGUCGAAAAUUUUCAGCCGUUGUGUUCAUUGUCCUCCGAGUCCUCCAACUACAAAGUCGCCGCGCUGAAAGAUUUGUGGUGUCGUUGCGGAGGUAAUCAAAGGGUAGUAAAGAGAUAUCGCGGAUAUAAAGAGACUGCGGGCAUUCAUUACAGAUUUCGUAAAACGAUGAAGGCUUUCAAGUACGCGUAGAAAGUCUUCAAAUUCCAGGAUUUAAAUAUAACCGUUCGGCUAGUCGCUUUUGCAAAGUUUCACAUCGCUGAAGUAUACCGUAAAAGAAAACUGGCAUAUCGCACUCGCCUUAUCUCAUGUAUACGAUCCGCAAUGAAAUGUAUUUUCAAUUUUUACUCGACACGCUACUUAAAACGUUCUCGCAUAUUUUAUUUAUGCGUGAAAUUGUGACAUACAUAUAUCUGUACAAUACUCGCAAAGUGAGAAGGUGUCGUUGCUUUUGAAUAUUACAGCGGCUCCUAUCGAGCUCCCUAUGGGCUUAUGUCGCUUAACUAUCAUGCAAAACACGAUGACAUGCUAGUCGAUGCCCUGUGGCAGGGCGCGCGGUUAUUUAUAGUAACGUUCUACUUGCUCUGAGGAAAGCUAGAUCUGUCUAGAGUCACUAAAUAAGCUACGCUUCAGAGUAUCGACACUGAGCUGCCAUGUUGUUUCGGAUGACCUCCAGCGCCAUCCAUUUAGCGCUCUUCGAAGUGUUGUCUUGUUCCACUGCUGAACUUCACCUUCUUCUAUUUCUACUGCCAAAAUAGAGGUGGGGCUGGAGGUCAUCCGAAACAACAUGGCGGCUCAGUGUCGAUACUCUGAAGCGUAGCUUAUUUAGUGACUCUAGAUCUGUCGUUUGACAUUCCGUUUUCCUGGUACCAUUGUCAAAAUUGCCAUUUGGCGAUGUGCAAUUUGCAGUUUGAAACAUUGCAAAUUCAAAAACUCUGCACUCACCCCCCAAAGCCAGGUUAUGAUACCAUCUUCUUAAAUAAGACGGGAGGAAGUUGUCGCUCGUACAGAAACCAUUUAAACCAGCUUUCUCUCCUUGCCUAUAAUUUCUAUUUUCCGAAUGAUAGUUCACGGUGAUCUACAGAAGCAAAAGGAAAGUCGAUUAUUGUUCCACAAACGAACGACAAAAAUUAUUAACGCACUGCCGUCAGGUGUGCUGUACAGUUGUAGUCAUGUUACUUGUAUAAAUUACGUGAGUGCUUGUCGUGAAUGCAAUGACCAUAUAAAACACGAGCCUUCCUGGCUAUACUAUGGAUGUUGCAGAUGCCCCACUGAAUCAAACGGUCAAAGAGCGUAUACAACAGAAUUUUAACAAAUGUGUUACUGGAAGUUAGGAAACCAACUUCCUAAUAUCAGGGCGGUCCGGCGGUGUUGCGCAUCACGGUUAUUGUAUUGCAUAUAAAUUUGAAGUAGCUUUCAAACAGGAUUGUGGAAUCACAAAUUUUGGGGGUAAUUUGAGAUGGAAAAGCAGCUGGUCGUCAAUGAUGCACGACUGUGUAAUUUGUGAUUACUUGCAUAUUUCGAAUAUAGAGUUAAUAUUAAGGGCGACGUGUCUAAGCACUGUAUGUAUGCAUUUUUAUGUUUACGUUGUACAAAUUACCACUCGCAUACAGGUAAAAUUCUUUGUGAUCACACGCUAUAUUACAGCAGUGAUUGUGUACGUACAGGCGCUGCCUCCUAGUGCUAGGAAUCUAACCCAUUUUGUGAUACCUUCAAGACCAAGUGGAAGUUGUUGCUGGGCGAAAUGUGCUAUACGAGAAAAAGUCACGUGUGAGUAAGAAAAAUUGACAAUGUAUUAUGUGCACAUGCGUGGUACCGAAAUAGACGUAGAGUGCACCAUGUGAAUGUCGGUUGUAUUAUUUGACACUGUACAGCAAAACACAUCCUUUUGUAGUAGUUGUGUAUUUACUUGCAUGGGAUUAUUGACCCUGGAUAAAACCUUGAGCGCCGGA